CAAUGAAAACAGUGUGAGUCUGUUUAACCUAAACGUACAAAUGUGCAUCACAGGUGUAGGAAAUAUUUAGGUAUUCAACCAUGGCAGCUAAGCCGUUUCAGUUCCUCCCUUUCGAUUUGAUAGACAGGAAACAUUGGGGCGCCAACGAGCCAUUGGAAGACCCCAUUGAUUUAGUGACUCCAGCACCAUACGUGCUGCACACAUACACUGACACUGAACGCUGCUUUGACAGAGGACAAUGUAUAAAGAGAAUGAAGGAGAUACAGGCGAGAGACUUGUCUUUGGGAUUCGCAGACAUCAGAUACAAUUUUGUGAUAGGGGAAGACAGCAGCAUUUAUUUGGGCAGAGGUUGGACCAGUCUCCCCGACAUGAAUGAAGAUUAUCCAGAUAUCUUUGAAAGAAGCAUUGAAAUCGCCCAUAUUGGGUUUGCAGGGGAACCAGCAGAUGAAAUCAAACACAUCGUGAGAAAUUUACUGAGAUACGGAAUAAAAAAGAAUUAUCUAAAAAGUGACUUGAAAUACAUCACACAUUUCAAAGAAAUUGUGAAAGAUGAAGAACACUACAAGAUAGACGGGAGUGGAAAUAUUGAGCUGCAGUGCUAUAAAAAACUUGGUGAAGAAACUGAGAAGGACGAGUCUGAUGACUACAAGGUCCUCGGUGACGUCACACCUGGAAGCUACAAGAACGCACAAGAGCCUAUCGGACACGAACACAUAGACAUGGGACAAGAGGAGGAUUAUGAGGUCGUAGAUGGGGUGAAGUGUGAAGGGUCGUUGCUAGAUCCGGUAUUGAGAGCUGAGCUGGAGCAAAAGAAAGCGGGACCUUCUAGGUUAGGUCAGCAAGACGACAAAGUUGUUGAUAAUAAAUGAAAUGUAUAAAUAUUUUAAA